AUGGGCAAGUGCAGGAACUUGGUGAUUUUGACAAGGGCCAAACUGUGCUGGCUGGACGACUGGGGCUUCAGCAGGGCUCAGAACCAUGGGCAGCUGCCAGCUCCUCAAGGUGGACAGUCUGCAGCUGAGAGGCGGCAGUUCUGCCAGUGGCCCUGCAAGUGUCGGCAGCGACCUUACUGUGCCCCAGGGGUGAGCUCUGUCCUGGACGGGUGUGGCUGCUGCAAGAGCUGUGCCAGGCAGAUCGGAGAGCCAUGCAACGAGAGGGAUGUCUGUGACCCACACAAGGGCAUGUACUGUGACUUCUCAGCAGACAAGCCAAGAUAUGAGAUCGGCGUGUGUGCAUAUAUGAUGGCAGUGGGCUGCGACCUGAAUGGGGCCCACUAUGAGAACGGUGAAGCUUUCCAGCCCAGCCCUCUCUAUAAGUGCACAUGUAUUGCCGGAGCCAUUGGCUGUACUCCUGCUUUCAUUCAGAAGCCUGCUGGUCUUUUAGGCCCUGCUCCACUAAUGGGCAACACGCCAGCUGGCCUGCGCAGCGGCCAGAGCCAAAAGAAACACCAGCAGGAUACUACCUACAUGUCAGCUUACAGGGAUCCUCCUUUAGCCUGGAAGAAGAACUGUCUGAUCCAGACCAUCCCCUGGAGUCCCUGCUCCAAGACCUGCGGCCUGGGCAUCUCUGUGCGGAUCAACAACAACAAUAGCAAGUGUGAGAUGAGGAAGGACCGGCGCCUGUGCCUGCUGCGACCUUGUGAGAAGAGUGUGCUUAGGAACAUUAAGGUGCCAAAGGGAAAGACAUGCCUGCCUAAAUUCCAGGCAAAGAAAGCAGAGAAGCUGACACUCUCGGGCUGCACCAGUACCAAGAAGUUUAAGCUCACAUACUGUGGUAUCUGUACAGACAAGCGCUGCUGUGUCCCCAGCAAGUCACACAUGAUCAAGAUCAACUUCACCUGCAAAGGAGGCUCCAACACAGAGUGGAAGAUGCAGUGGAUAACAUCCUGCACAUGCCAGAGGAAAUGUAACGAUCCAGGUGACAUGUUUUCUGACCUGCGGUUACUCUAAUGGAGCCAUGUAAGAAGCCUAGAGACACAGACACAGGAAACAAGCCCUGCUAUGGUGGAAUAUGGACAGAAAAAUAGCCAUGAUUUGGUUACUAAGUUCUCCUCAGCACCAGUGAUGUGACAAAAAGUCAAACUCCAAAACCUCAUUUUACAAAGAAGAAUGGCUGGGAUCAUUAAAUGAAGAAAAAUGCUGUUAGCUAUAUAAAAAGCAUUUAUGAACACCGUCUUCAGGAUGCGUACAUGCAGAAACUACAUGGAUUGUGACCAGUGUAGCAGCUGUAACAGCAG